AUGCUCAAGCCUCCUCCGAUAAGGCCUUGGACAUGUGCCAGAUGCCUCCGCUAUGAACAUCGUCGCCGUCUAGCCACCGCCGCUACCUCCGCGACCUCUCAAUCCGCUUCCGCCCCGCCGCCGCUUGUGUCGCAUCGGGACCCGAAUACGUCGCACCAGGAUGCCACUCUACGCCAGAUCUUCGACUCACAGCCCUUCUGGAAGGAUUUCUCUGCCAGGCAAACUCACCCCUCCAAGAAAUCCCUAGGUCUCUUUCAGAAUCGCUACCUCACCAGACCCGAAGGCUUCGAGCACUUUGCCUCCAUCACUCUCGCAAAAUGCAAGCGCAUAGUCACAAAAGUCCUGGCCUACAGUAGUGUAGAGCAGUACAAGAACAUUGCCAAAGAUCUGGAUCGUCUGAGUGACUUGCUAUGUCGAGUCAUCGACCUUUCCGACUUUGUUCGCUCUACACAUCCAGACAGGAACAUUCAAGCUGCUGCUACUCAGGCAUAUGCUCAGAUGUUUGAGUACAUGAAUGUCUUAAACACAACUACUGGCUUGAACGACCAAUUGAAAGCUGCUCUUGCCAUUCCUGAGGUUGUCGCAUCUUGGAGUGAGNNGGAAGAAUUGACCGUCGCAAAUAUUCUUGCUAGGGACUUUGCGAAGUCUGCUAUUGAUCUGUCCGAUACCGACCGUCAGGCUUUUGUCGAACUUUCCAACGAGAUUGCUGAGGUUGGACCCGAGUUUGUGGAUCAGAUGGUACCAGAGACGCCACUACUUAAGCUUCCUAGCAGCAAGCUGAAGGGUAUGGACCCUCUGGUGGUACGUCAAUUGACUAGAUGGGGCAGUGUUUCAUUACCUACUAUUGGCAUGCCUGCUUCUCUCGCCCUCCGUACUGUAGAAGAUGCAGACACACGACGAGAGAUCUAUAUGGCAAAUCGCACGUCGGCCAGAGCGAACAUUGAACGUCUAGAGCAUCUUUUGCAAAGACGUGCUGAGCUCGCUCGUCUAUCUGGACAUGACUCUUUUGCCCACAUGGCUCUGUCAGACAAGAUGGCGAAAAGCCCAGAAGCCGUGGUGAAGUUCUUGGACGCGCUGGCCGCCGACAAUGCUCCGCGUGUGCAAUCAGAAAUCCAAGAGUUGCUAGAGAUGAAGAAUUCUGAUGCUCGUAGUGGUAACUUCCCUGGUGAACUUAAUGCAUGGGACAGAGAUUACUAUCAACAUCGCCUCUUAUCAUCUAUGAGGUCAAAGACCCGCACUCCGGAUGUGCUUUCAGCUUACUUUUCACUUGGUACCGUCAUGCAAGGCUUAUCACGCCUCUUCCACCGUCUCUAUGGUAUCCGUCUAGUGCCAAAGGAGACCGCUCCUGGCGAGACCUGGAACAACGACGUGCGGCGUCUCGAUGUCAUUGACGAUCGUGAAGGCCACGUCGCAGUCAUCUACUGCGAUCUUUUCGAACGAGCUGGCAAGUCUCCCAAUCCAGCUCACUUCACCCUGCGUUGCAGCCGCCGCAUUCUCCCCGACGAACUGGAAGAAGCAGAAGCCCUGCGAAACGCAACAGGUGAUCUCUUCGACACUGCACAAGAAGCCGCCACAGACGGCUUAGCAAUCAACAAAUCCAACACUGAUAAAAACGAAUUGUACCAACUGCCCACCAUCGCAUUGAUUUGCGACUUCGCCAUCCCGCAANNGGGGGGAGCCACUAAACGACCUGCCUUACUCACAUUCAGAGAAGUCCAAACACUCUUCCAUGAAAUGGGUCAUGCACUCCACUCUAUCUGCGGCCGCACAGCGCUUCAAAAUGUCAGUGGAACACGCUGCGCCACCGAUUUCGCAGAACUGCCUUCAGUGCUGAUGGAGCACUUUGCUUCUGCACCAGAAGUUUUGGCCUUAUACGCCCGUCACUGGGAAACAGACAAACCACUUGAUGCAACACGUGUUGCCGAAAGAGUAAACCUAGACACACACAGCCAAGGCACAGAAACCGAAGCACAGAUCUUACUAGCUAUGCUGGAUCAAACCUACCACUCCAAACUUCCCUUGAACCAAUCCUUCGACUCUACUCGCACCUACCACGAUGUAUGGCACAAAUACUCAUCUCUUCCCGAACCUUCCGGCACAUCUUGGCAAGGCUUUUUCGGACAUUUGUUUGGCUAUGGCGCUACAUACUAUUCCUAUCUNUUUGAUCGCGCCAUUGCAGGAAAGAUCUGGAAAGAUGUGUUUAAGAGAAGUAAUAUNGGGGCUGUGGAUCCAGAGGCCGGAGCAAGGUUUAGAGAUGAGGUGUUGAGACAUGGAGGNGGUAGGGAUGGAUGGCAUUGUGUUGCUGGUGUGUUGAAGGAUGANAGGGGGUUGCUUGCUGAAGGUGGUGAAGAGGCUAUGGGUAUGGUUGGGCAGUGGGGUGUUAAAGACUAG